CGGUGCCCCUGCCUGAAGAUGAGGAACUGCACGGGUUCCUGCCCUUAGAGGAAGCUUUUAAAGGUCUCAAGUUCUCGUACCACACCACGUGGGACACGUACGGCGGCCGACUGCCGGACAUUGACACCGGACAAGACGGCGACACAGGAAGUCCUUCGAGUAUCGCGGCCUCGUGCUUCAGCAGCGAGCCCGAGCUGGAGGACAAGGUGCGCGCACACAGGCUCGUCGCACUCGGCAAACAGCUCGCCGAGCAGCACGCCGAACAUUUUACAUGCGAAACCGGGGAAGACGGUACGGUACGGUUCAGUGCGUCAGCUGUGGGCGGGGAGCAGCUGCGGCGCGCGUUGGCCGAGCUGAGCGCCGCCGCGGAGAUGGGGGUGGGGCGCGGCGCUGCGGGGGGCGGGGCCGACGACAGUGAAGACGAGGCCCCGCCCCCGCCACCGCCCAUCAUUAUAUCAGAAGCUGACUUUAGGGAGAAAGUGCGGGAGAAACGCGUGGGCAUAUUGAAGCCGCAGGGGUCGCUGGAGCGCGCGCGUGAGGAGCGGGCGCGGGAGGAACGCGCCAUCGUGCAAGAGGAACUUUUGCCUCUGGAAAUUGAAGAAGAGAGCAGCAAAAGCGAGGACAAGAAGGAGGGCCGCAAGGCGCGCAUCAACAUCGCUAUGGCCGCCAUCAUGCGCAAGCAGGAGGAGACAAACAAGCAGGUAAAGUUUGCGUCACCGCCGCCGACACCUGACUCAUUGACCGAGGGCAGCGAGUCCGGGACCAAGGAGACAGACAAGCUUAAGGUGCUGCAGCCCAAGGCCAUCAAGUCCCUUAGCAACCUGCCCCUCGGCAGGAAGACAGGCGGCAUUCUCUCGCUUAAGGACAAGUCCGCCGGCUACCCUCACCUCGUCAACACAGACCCCGAACCGCCUAAGAAAACUGAAAAAGACGAGAAAAAGGAUCCCAAGCCCAACAACAACACGAACCAAAACUCCCAACAGAGUUACCCACAGAAAUGGCAGGACCAUCCGCAGCAGAACUGGACCGUUCAGACCCCACCGUACAACGAACCACGCGUCGGCUUCCAAAAGACCUACGGCAUCCAGAGCGCAGGCCUCAGCUACAACCCCAACUACCAGAGCGCACCAGGCUUCGGACAGGGCAUACGACUGCCCGUCGUCAACCCGAAGGAGAUAGACGUGAGGACCGCGGCGCUGCAGAAGCAGAACUCCCGCCCCGAGCUCUUCCAGGAGGGGCACAAGUUCGCCAAUCACGUGUACCAGAUGUCCAGCGACAAGAAGAACUUCCUCAACGACCUGCCGCCGCGCUUCGCCAAUCAGUACCGCUACUGGCACAACGCGCCGGACACCCAGCCCAACGAGAACAAAUUCAGAGAUGAGAACUUCACAAACAACGCGACCUUCGAGCCCCAGCCUCUGCGCAGCUGGCCCGCCCCCCAGCCGGAGUACCCGCAGCCGAUGACCUGGUGGAAGCCGGAGAAUUCGCAGGUCUUCAACGCGAACUUCUCCGCCCCAAUGAACGUCCAACCAAACUUCUAUUCCCCGUCUCCGAUCACUUCCAACACCCCAAAUCCCUACCUAAAUCUGACCUACAACCAGAACCAGGCCCAGAAACCUGACAAUGUGAAUCCUAACUGGCAGGCAACGAUCGGUCAGGCUCAAAUGCCGACGCUCCAAAACCUGGUGACGUCACCUAACUUCAGCGGCGCACUGAACAACUUCGGGUCGUACGGCGGCGGCGCGGGCGCGGGCGCGGGCGCGGGGGUGGGAUACGACGCCGCCAUGUACCCGCAGUUCGCCAACAAGCUCGCCUUCCCCCCCGCGGCACCGCCCCCGCCCCCGCACACCCUUAAACUCGACAAGCCUUACCCCGGCAAGGACGUGGACGACGCGAUUAACUUCGGUGGCAAUGUUUUAGAUCUACAGCAGAGAAAUAUUAACUAUAAUAACAUGAACCAGGACGUCGGCGCAGCUAAUACAUUGGACCAGGUGAGCGAGAGUGGCGCCGCGGGCGUGUGUGCGGGCGGCGCGGGGAACACGUACUCGUUGUUCAGCGCCGCGUCCGAGCCCGCCGCCUGGCCGCAGCGACAUCCGCAUCAGUCCCUGUGGUCGGGCCCCGGACCCUCGCCAUUGGAGCGGCUGCUGGAGCAACAGAAGCAGAUGCAGCCCCCGGCCAAGCAGUGAACGCACCAUGUACUACUUAACUUACCAAAAAUAUAACUUAUAUGGUGACACUGUUUGAUGUGUCUGUCGCACUGUUUAAGUUGUAAAAAUAAAUCUUUAUUGGUUAUGAAGAAAUUUAAUGUCGAAAAAAAUGUUUGGCCGACGGAAAUUUCUUAAAUUUUAUUUUCCUUAUAUGAAGUAACAUUCAGCGGCAUUUUUUGGGUGUUGCUGAGAAAUUUUCAAAUCUUUAGUGGUAAUAUUACAGUCCCGAAUUUAGUUUUUUUUAUAAAACAUUGAUUGAAAAGAAAGACUUGCAGUUUUUUCUCAGGUUUUUUCUCUUUCACACACCGUUAUUCCUGUAUGCGUUCGUCUCGUUCACUCACGAGUGAUUGUUCUUGGUCUUGGAGUAUUCUUAAAAGUUCCAAUGUUGGUAUUAAAAUUUUAUGUAAAUAUGUAACAAAAUUUCAUAACCAAAAAUAGUAAAUUGUUUUUUUUUAAAUG